AUGACUCCACAUCCAGCAGCGCCGUUGCGUAACGUGGUUGCUUUAGUUGAUGUUUACACCCACGACGGCAUAUGUGCAUCUCAGUCCUUUGCCGUACUUCUGAAACGCCUUGGUGCAAAGACAACGAAGACAUUCAACGAGAAUGUCACUCACGUCGUCUACAAAGAGGGAGGACCAAAGGUGCUGCAGGCCCUGAAGAUUCACAAUAAGCAGAUUGCAGAAUCUGGCAAGGGCCAGGAGAUAUUCUGCGUCAACAGUCGAUGGGUGAAUGAUUGUGAUGCCCAAGGCCGUCGCAUGCCAGAAUUCGACGAGGAGUAUGCCGUGGAGCUCGACGAUUACCAACGCACAGCCAAGCGGCGUCGAAAGAGCAUGGAGCCUAUGGGACUUUUGAAAACCAACGGGGGCAAUAUCAUCCGAGAUCGGAAAAGUGGCGCGGGGCGGGUCUCGAUUGGUCGCGCGAGCAUGAAAGGCGUGUUCGAUAGUCCCGAGGAGUCUUCGAUGAUGUUCGAUUCUGCGGAUAAGGAGAACACUGAGGAUGAGCCUGCUACACCGGACUACCUGAAAGACCCUAGCGCUCUCCUCCAACAGACUGUCCCUGCAAACAAAGUACGCAAGUUGGAUCUCGGUCAUGAUAGCAAAAGGAGGAGGUUGACUUAUGCGGACGGACUAGAAUUUUGA